AUGUCAGACAUGGAAGAGGUUUUGGAGAGGCAAGAGCGAGAAAGGCGAGCAAGAAUGCGUAGAAAAGCUGCAAGCAAAAGGGUGCAGAGAGAACUAGAUGAGCAACUUGGUGUGGCCGUUGCUUUGCUGGAGGAAGAAAACCAAAGCCACCGUGGUUCACGAGAAGGCCGGACAUCGAAUGUGGACAAACAUAGACAUUCUCGAGGUAAGAAUCUUAUGGAGGAUUAUUUUAUCCCACAAUCUGUGUACUCUAAUGUUCAUUUUCGAUCAAGAUAUAGAAUGCAACCCCAUUUGUUAAAUAAAGUCAUGUAUGAUAUUUGCAAUUAUGAUGACUACUUUGUUCAAAAGAAAAAUUUUGCUGGAGAUUUGGGGCUGCUUCCUGAGCAAAAGUUCACAGCUGUGAUACGAAUGUUGGCGUAUGGGUCAUUUGCUGAUCAGAGACUACCUGCGCAAACCUACGCUAAGGGACCUGCAACGGCCUCUACAAAAACUGAGUCUCGUGGAUUUCCUGGAAUGAUUGGUAGCAUUGACUGCAUGCACUGGCAAUGGAAAAAUUGUCCAGCUGCUUGGCAAGGGGAUUAUGGGAAUCGGAAAGGGCAGAAAAACAUCAUCCUCAAGCAGUUACUGGUUUUGAUACAUGGGUUUGGCACGCCUUCUUGGAGUUGCCGGCUCUCAAAAGGAUGUGAACGUCAUGGGGGCGCAGCGCGUCUAUUUGAUGAGGAGGUGCUUAGAAAUCCCAUGAACACGGCCUUAACACGAAUUUAUGAAAAACCUAUGGGGCCAAAUGGAGAACCAGUGCAGCAUGAUUCGUUGGUUAGAGACGGUAGUUUCAUGCAUCGUAUGAUUGAGCGCUAUACGAAGAUGCAAUUGUCGUAUAUUCAUGAACAUCGUCAAGUUGACUUGAUGGAGCAUUUGUGGGCGGUGAAAGGCAAUGAAGGUCAAUGA